AUAAGAACCACAAAAAGUAACCGGACGCAUAACGGAUCGAACAUUUGAAUUUAAUUCUAAUUUAUUUGUAUAUUGCAAGUAUUUCGCACUGUAGAUUAAUAUAUCACGCAUUUAACAAAUAUGACAAGUAACGCCCAAGCUACGAAAAACUCUAUUACACUGAAAGGUUCAGCGGCAAUCGUCUGCGAGUACUUAAAUUAUGGGAUCAAUUCGAUUCUCUUUCAACGCGGGAUUUAUCCGCCAGAGACAUUUGUUAACACACAGCAGUACGGGCUGACGAUCCUUAUGUCAAAAGACUCGAAAAUUGAGGAGUUCUUGCGGACAGUUUUGCAGCAAACGCAAGAAUGGCUCUCGAAGAACCUCCUCGACAAGAUUUCAAUGAUAAUCACCAACGUCCACACGAAAGAGAUCCUCGAAUGCUGGGAUUUCCGCGUGCAAAAUGAAGCGGGCGAUGGGACGGAUAAGGAGUCGGGCAACCCAACAUCGAGCAAGGAAUUGAAGAGAAUUCAGCAGGAAAUUAGGGAUGUAAUGCGGCAGAUCUCGGCGACCGUUAGCUACUUGCCGCUUUUAGAUUGCAUUUGCACCUUCGACGUCCUCAUCCAUACCGUUAAAGACUGCGACGUGCCUGAAGAAUGGGGCGAGACGGAAGCGGCGUUCAUCCAGAACAGCCAAGCCGUUCAGUUGAGGUCGUUCUCGACUGGACUACAUAAGGUCGAUACCGUUGUAAACUAUAAAAUGACUGCCUGAAACAAGGGCUGAGAUACCUCCAACACAUUUGGGAUUGUAUAUAAGAAUUGGGAAGGCUGUCUGAUAUUUUGGACAAGCCAAAUGUGUGAAAAUGAUUAGUUCUAAGAUUAUUUAAUAAAAAUGUUAUUUUAAUUUGACUGAA